AUGAGCAAGCAGCGCGUAUCCAGAAAAUCGCUGAGACGGCCAACGACAUUCUAUGGCGCAAGUGAAGAAAUCCCGCCGAUGCCUCGCCAGUCGAUGACGCAGGAGGAUCUCCCAGCGACCACCAAAGCAGCGGCACCGAUAGGGGCGAAGAAAUACAAACCAAAGGCACACGCAAAGGAUAGAAAGGAAGGCAAAGAUAGUGAGAAUGAUAGCAAGACGAGAUUAGGCGAGAAGCUCAAAAAGAGGCUGUCCGUCAAGUACACCUAUCAGCAGCCAAAGACGAGGACAGUUGGCAGCGCACCACCUGUGCCCUCCCUCCCGAGCACUCAUAUACCCAACCAGAAACAGACGCCGCAGACGGAAGAUGUCAGAGAGAGCUUACUUGAGGAUAUCGACGAGAACCGAGUCAGCCAAGUGAGCCAAGUGGAUGCCGAUAUUGAUAUCAUCAACAGAGAGUGGCUCCAGCAGCCAGACUUUGAUGCUCAAGCUUACAUUCGUACACACCUCGCUAAUGCCAGUGAGGACGAGGUGGAACACUUCAAGCAGGCCCUCACUGAUGCUAUGCAGUCUACCAAUUUGCAACUCGAACAGAGUGCAUUCAAGAAUUACGCUGACUUUAUCGCCAUUUCAAAGGAGAUUGGCGCUCUCGAGACAGAGGUGCUCGAGCUGCGCGAGCUGCUUGGGGAGUGGAGAAGCCUCCCGGAAGCAUUCGGUGUUGAGAACGUAGAGUCUGAUCUGGAGACAACAAAGAAGAAGAGAUCAUCAGUUGCAGAUCUUGCAGCCGUGUACAGGACCCAGCUGCAGACGCUACACUCUACAGUCGAGGGUUCGUUGAAACACGUACCUCAUGCACCAGGCAGACAUGUCGUGACGACUGCAUCCAAGUUCGUUGAAUUGAACGCUGCGACUUACAGAGUAGCGCAGUCUGUCGAAAUGGUCUUGCUGAAUGACACCCUCCUUAUAGCCAGCAAGAGAAGACGUCAAGCUAGUGGCGGUCGCGAGAAGCUCAUCGCCGAUCGUGCUUGGUCUUUGUCUGAAAUCAAUAUCCAGGAUCUCCGAGAUUCGAUUAAGGUGACGAAUUCUAUCAAAGUUAAGCAUAACAAGCAAUCGUAUGUGUAUAUGGCUGAGUCGCCGAGCGAUAAAAAUGUCUUCUUGAAUGCCGUUAAGCAAGUCGCAGAAGAAUACCAAGCGCAAAUGGAGCAGCAGCAACAUAAUCAAGAAGGAGAUCUCUCGCCUAAUUUCAUUAUCAGUCCUUCGAUAGCGUCAAUCCAAUCGACGAAUUCGCCUUUAAGAACGCCUAUAUCCUCUUCUAACAAACACUUGCAAUGGAUGGAAGACUUUAUCGAUGAGCUGUCAGUUAGUGUCGCCGUCAAUGACCACCAUGCUGCUGUCGAGCACGUGGAGCAAGGACGGAAAAUGCUCAGAAGCACCGAUGACAAAAGUGAACGGGAGGCACUACAAGCCCAAAUAGCGCACCAAAAGGGUAUACUAGUGAGAAACCUGCUACGCGUUGUCGACGACUUUUCAAGACUUCGGGAGCAUGUUCUAGUUGAUGUUAUCUCGCUGUUGCACAGAUUGGAUGAAGCAGGCGCCGGCAGAGACACCUACUUGAACAGUCGCAAAGAGCUCAUCAAGCAUAGGUCGAGGCAGAUGGUGUUUGAUGGAGACGUAGUCAACUACGUUGCUGAAUUAGCAGUCAUCACCUUUACGAUAAUCAAGCAGUCGGCAGAAUGGUUCAGGGCUGCAUUCAUUAAUACGAACAAAGCAAGCGGAUAUGGAAACUGGGCAUCUGAGCAGAUUAAAACGUUUGCAGUCAUGUUCAGACGACAGGUAUAUGGCUCGCAUCUGGGGAAGAGCAUUAUUGAGCGUGCGAUUCAAGUAACACACGAGCAAGGACAGAGAAUACUGAAAGAGGUGCAGACGUCGACAGACCUGUGUGUCAUACUUAAUAAGCAGAUGGAGGAGCAAGUAUCGCCUAGUCUGAUUUGA